GGGCGGGCAGGUGCUGCCGCGCCUAGCCCGCCCUCUUCCGCUGCCGCCGUGGGAAUGGAAACAUCUGCCCCACGUGCCGGAAGCUUGCUAACCACACCAGCGCGGUACUCCGCGUCCUGCCGCGCCGAUCCUCUGCGAGUGGCCUCGCGAGAAGUGCUCGCCGAAAUGGCUGCGUCCAGUCAAGGUAGCUUUGAGGGAAAUUUUGAGUCGCUGGACCUUGCAGAAUUUGCUAAAAAGCAACCAUGGUGGCGCAAACUGUUUGGGCAGGAAUCUGGGCCUUCAGCUGAAAAGUAUAGCGUGGCAACCCAGCUGUUAAUUGGAGGUGUCACUGGAUGGUGCACUGGUUUCAUCUUCCAGAAGGUUGGAAAAUUGGCUGCAACAGCUGUGGGAGGCGGAUUUUUUCUCCUUCAGCUUGCAAACCAUACUGGGUAUAUUAAAGUUGAUUGGCAGCGAGUAGAAAAGGACAUGAAAAAAGCCAAAGAACAGCUAAAGAUUCGUAAGAGCAACCAAAUACCAACUGAGGUCAAGAGUAAAGCUGAAGAGGUUGUGUCAUUUGUGAAGAAGAAUGUUCUAGUGACUGGAGGAUUUUUUGGAGGCUUUUUGCUUGGCAUGGCAUCCUAAGGAGGACAACUUCACUUCCAUUGUUCUGAUUUUUUUCUAAUCAGCAGCCUCUACACUCCAUCAUAGGACAUCAAGUCUCUCCUGUUCUCCCAUGCCUUCCUCCCUGUUGUGUCAAACCUGAAUUGGCUUCUAUAGGCAUCUGUUGGUACAAGUUAAUACAGGCCCUGCCUGCUGUGAGCUUGAUGGUGAUGGAAGAGACAUUAGACAUUAGCUCUCCUCCCAGUAUACUCCCCACUUGGUCAAUCUGUAGGUCAGCAAAAAUGUCCUUUCCCUUAUGAAAUACUUACCAGAAUACAUUGCAAGAUCAUUUGCCAUGAAUGGGUCCUCAAAGGUUGUCCCACACUUGAUUUGGAAAAGAAGCAGAUAGUUAACUUAUGUGCUGCAUGGGAAGGAACUGAAUACAUUUGCCUUUAAGCAUGAAAGAUUUUGGUAUCUUGGUGUGUAUUUUAUUUCUAGUUGGUUUUAGAUUACAGAAAGAGAAGCUAUUUAAACCUGUUAUAAUUAUUCUGACAAAAAAUGGCAGUCUAAGAAUGAUAAAUGACAGAAAUCUGAAUAUGAAAUGAACUUAUGCUAAAGGGUAUAUGCUGUACUGAAGGUAUUGUAUUUGGUAGGCAGAUCUCUUAGGGAAACCAGCUGUUAGAAAUACAUUGUUGGGUGGUCAGAGAAAUCAUUUAAGAACAUUAAGAUACUAUUCAGGAAUGUUUUCCACCGUAUCAGAUAAUGUAUUUCAUGGCUAUUUCCAAAGAUUUGAUUUAUGGUAAAAUGAAUGAUUUAGCUAGGAGAAGGAAGAAGCUCUUGGAUUUUUAUUUCAAAGAAAAGGCUUUGUGCUUUGAAAUGUGAAGUAUUAUUCCUGUGUCACAGCAUUAGGGGUAGCCAUAGAUCCUCGUUGUCAAUUCUAAUUCUUUAUCCAGUUUGUAUGAAAUGCAGCAUUUAAUCCAGAAUUUUAUUUAUUUAUUGUUGAUUUUUUAAAAAUAAAUGACAGUGGAAUGCGUUACAAUUCUUAUUACAUGUAUACAGUACAAUUUUUCAUAUCUCUUAAACCAAAAUUUUAAAUAAGCAACAUUUCCAGACAUUCAGAAUUAAGAAAAAUAAUGAUAGCACACAUGAAAUGAAUUAUUUCUGUCAUCAAGUGAAGUCUGUGUCACUUGAUGACACCCCUCCAUUUCUCAGAAUUAUUCUUUAAAAAUUUACACACACUUAACACAUUUUGUUGUAAUUCUAACUAGAAUAUCAGCUUUGGAUGGUAAGUGAAAACUCCUUGUCCCAGGCCUUGAGAGCCCUUUCCCCAUUUGUGCCCUUCAGUACCUGUCAGCAUGUUCUUCUUCUCCAUUGUCUUCAUCUUUAUGUCACAGGGCCAAGCACUUAAUAAGUUCUGAGUAUUUGCUGAAUAUAUGAAUUUUAACCUUCUAGAACAAAAACUUACUAUUAAAGGUUAGUUUUACUCAGAUGUAAAUCUUAAAACUUGCAGUCAAUCCAUGUAAAAUGGGGAUAUAGCUCAUUUGGUAGAGUGCUCACCUAGCAUGUACAAGGCCCUGGGUUCAAUCCUCAGCACCACUACAAAAAAAAGUUUUUAACUAUCUUGAGAAUGAUGUAUUGAAUCUGAAAAUUGAAACUACCAGUGGAUGUGUAGAACUUUAUAGAAUUCACCUAUUUGCAUUUUCCUCAUUAAAUUACAGUAACAUUUAAGGCAA